UAAUGGCAACACCUAAGGAGCACAUUGAAGAGUUACGAAAGAGCAAGUUCUCCAUUGGUGGAGAACCCAACUCAUUGACUGAGGACCUUCAUCAUGCUAUCAGGAAUCUCUCUGCUGAACUUUAUGCCAAAGAUGUUCAUUUCCUCAUGGAACUCGUUCAGAAUGCAGAAGAUAAUCAGUACUUAGAAGGAGUGAGUCCAACACUAGAGUUCAUCAUAACUUCUGAGGACAUAACAGCUACUGGUGCUCCAGCCACUUUACUAAUUUUCAACAAUGAAAAGGGGUUUUCUCCCAAAAACAUUGAAUCUAUCUGCGGUGUUGGACGGUCCACAAAGAAAGGGAACAGGAGCAGUGGUUACAUUGGCGAGAAAGGAAUUGGCUUCAAGAGUGUAUUUCUGAUUACUGCUCAGCCUUAUAUUUUUAGCAAUGGAUAUCAGAUACGGUUCAAUGAGAAGCCUUGUCCACAUUGUGGUCUUGGCUACAUAGUUCCUGAAUGGGUCGAGGAGAAGCCAACCCUUCUUGAUAUAAAGCAAAUAUAUGGUGCUGGUGAUGAUUCUAUUCCAACUACAACAAUUGUCUUACCUCUGAAGCCUGACAAGGUCAAACCAGUGAAACAGCAGCUCUCAAGCAUUCAUCCAGAAGUUCUCUUGUUCCUUACAAAAAUCAGACACCUUUCUGUCAGAGAAGAUAAUGAGAAUCCAAACCUGAACACUGUCAGUGCUGUAUCUAUUUCAAGCGAGGUUAACUUUGUGACAAGGAAAAACAUGAAUGCUGAGUCCUACACACUCCAUCUAUCUGCGGCAGAAAAAGGUGAUUCUGAAAAGGAAUGUAGCUACUACAUGUGGAAGCAAAAGUUUCCUGUGAAGUUAGAAAAUGUGGUCGAAAGGAGAAUGGAUGUGGAAGAGUGGGUUAUAACAUUAGCCUUUCCAAAUCAGGAGAGGCUUCAUAGAGGAAUGAGCUUACCAGGGGUCUAUGCAUUUCUUCCUACAGAGAUGGUAACUAAUUUUCCCUUCAUAAUUCAAGCAGAUUUUGUGCUGGCUUCAUCAAGGGAGACAAUACUCAUGGAUGAUAAGUGGAACCAAGGGAUACUAGAGUGCGUUCCAUCAGCUUUUAUGGAUGCAUUCAAAACACUUGUCAUAGGAUCAGAUCAGGCUCCAGUUUCCAGUUUGCCCCGGAUGUUCAAGUUCCUUCCCAUUGACAGUUCUCCCUAUGAGAAAUUAAACUAUGUGAGGGAGAAAAUCAAAGCAAAACUGGUGGAAGAAAGUAUUAUUCCGAUCGAGACAUACACGGAGCAGAAGCACUUCUAUAAGCCUCGUGAAGUUGGCAGGCUACUUCCUGAUUUCUGGAAUAUUUUGACUGAGGCUCGGGCACAAGGAGUACACUUGCUUGACCUGUCAUCUCAUGGUGGAAGGAAAAUCUUGUGUUCUUCAUUUGAUCAGACCGAGUAUGAUCACAUACUCAAUUAUUUAGGGGUACAAUCUGUCAAUGAUGAUUGGUAUGCAAUGUGCAUCCAGAGUUCUAAUCUUGUGGAUGGAGUAUCAGAAGAUGUGUAUUUGAAGCUUCUAUUGUUUGUUGCUACAAACUGGACCUCACGGUUUCGUGGCUCAAACAUGGUGAACAUUCCUUUGAUUAAAUAUGUGGAUUCUUAUGGGAGUCUGUCCCAUUUCAGUCUUACUGAAUGCACUCAGCACAAUGGUUCCAAGCGAGUAGUCCUAGCAGAUUCUAGUCAGUCUUGUCCUUGCUCUUGGAUGAUUGAUUGGAACCGGGAAUUUGCUUGUGCAUCCAACCAGUUUUUUAUGCCGGAAAUCACUCAACAAGCUAUGGGGCGAUUGCCCCAGAAGCAGACUUUGCUGGAAUGGCUAGAAAAUGAAGUUAAUGUUCGUUCUUUGAAUGUCUACACUUUAGCUAAUGUCCUUUGCAGUUCUAUUAAGAAUAACAGCAAGCUUUCCGUUUCAUAUGCUCAUUUCUUAUAUCACUCUUUCUCAAAGGAUUAUUUAUCAAGCCGGGAUGCUCAUGAUUUGUGUAGUUCUAUGCCACUUGUCGACAACUAUGGAUGUGUGACACAAAGCAGGAAAGGGGUUCUUGUACCUGCAAAUGUGAGCAAAUGGGCAGAUUUGAUUGUUUCUAAUCCAUGGAGAAAUGAAGAUUAUGUUGAGCUGGGAAAGGAGUACUUGACUUCAGGUUAUUAUGCAGGCCAAUAUACAGGUUCUGGACAGCUGAUCAAAUUCCUUCAAACUUAUGCUGAAGCCUCAGAUAUACCUCAUAUAUCUCCCCCAAAUGCUGGAUUUUCUGCUGUAGAUACCCCACUUACCAAAGACAAUGCCUUUUUGCUUUUGGAUUGGAUUCGGAACCUGAAGUCUAGGGGAGUGCGUCUGCCAGAGAGAUUCUUGAAAUGCAUAAAGGAAGGAAGCUGGCUUAAAGUUACAGCCAAUGGAUGGAGACCACCUUCGAAGUCAUUCUUAAUUCGCUCAUCAUUGGGAAGAAUUUUGCAAAAUGGUUCUGAUCUUGUUGACAUUUCAUUGGUUGAUGAGAGCUUCUAUGAUAAUAGAAUAAAUGCUUAUGAGGAGGAGUUGAAAACAAUUGGGGUGAUGUUCAGUUAUGAGGAAGCAUGUAAAUUCAUUGGGAGUGAACUAAUGUCUCGAGCUGCUUCUUUCCCUUUAAGCAAGAGUCAUGUUCUUUUGAUGCUUAAAUUCAUCCAAUAUAUGAGACAGAGUCAUCUUCCUUUAGACGAAUUUGUCAAAAGCAUCAGAGAGGGAAGUUGGCUAAAGACAUCACAUGGUCUCAGGUCUCCUGUAGGGUCUGUAUUGUAUGAUUCAGGAUGGCAAGUUGCAUCACAAAUUUGUGAUAUACCUUUCAUUGAUCAUGGUCAUUUUGGCGGGGAAAUAUAUAAUUUCAAAGAGGAGCUCAAGUUGCUGGGUGUUAUUGUUGGCUUCAGUGAAAAAAAUUAUCAAGUUGUCAUUGAUUGCUUAAGAUCAACCUCAAAUUUGGCCAAUUUGACAGCUGAUGCAGUUCUUUUGAUCAUGGAAUGCAUACAAUUCUCGCGUGCAUCUAGCAAACUCAUAAAUUCACUCAAGGGAAUGAGCUGCAUGAAGACUAACAUGGGUUUCAAAACACCAGGCAAAUGUUUCUUGUAUGAUCCUGUAUGGGGCUGCUUUUUGGAGGUAUUUGAUGGCAUUCCUGUGAUUGAUCAUAAAUACUAUGGAGGGAAGUUUUUCACUUACAAAGAUGAAUUGAAGCAAACAGGGGUGGUGGUUGAUUUUGAGGAGGCUAUGAAUAACAUUUCUAUUCUCUUCAAACAGAAGGCAUCACAAGGUUCGUUUAACCAUGUUAAGCCAUUCCUCUCAUGUUGCAGGCUGCUGAAGGGAACUAAAUAUAGCUUUCCUUCCGAUUUCUCAAUCAUCAUGCAUACUGAGAAGUGGUUGUAUACUAGAGUUGGUGACUAUAGGUGCCCAAGAAACUGCAUUUUAUAUAGUCUGGAGUGGAAAUCAAUCUCUUCAAUAACUCUACUCCCUUUCAUUGAUGACAGUGACAACUGUUAUGGUAAGGGAAUACAUGAGUACAAGGAAGAGCUGAAGAGCAUUGGUGUUGUUACUGAAUUGAAAGAUGGAGUGAAGUUUGUGCCCAAAUGCCUGAAAUUUCCUUCAGAUCCCUCUACCAUUACUCCUGAAAGUGUGUUUUCUUUAUUGGAAUGCAUCCGACGUCUAAUGAAAGAGCAUAAGCUUGCCAUGGAAGAUGAUUUUACCAAAAGAUUGUCGCAAAAUUGGUUGAAGACCCAUGCUGGUUAUAGGUCUCCAGAUAAAUGUUUGUUGUUUGAUUCCAAGUGGAAUUUGUAUCUGAAGCAAACUGAUGGCCCUUUCAUUGACGAGAGCUUUUAUGGACCUAAAAUUGCUUUUUUCAAGGAAGAAAUAAAAAAAAUAGGAGUCACUGUUGAUGUUGAGGAAGGUUGUUUCAUAGUUGCCAGUCACCUUGACUCUCUCUCUGAUUAUGACACCAUUGUGCGAAUAUAUAGGUACUUGAAUGAACACCACUGGAGACCUAAGGAUGAAGCUUCCAAAAAGAUUUGGAUUCGGUGUGGAAAUAAGGAUGGAAAGUGGGUCAAUCCUGAAGAAUGUAUUAUAGAUGACCCGGAUAAUCUUUUUGGUUCAAAAUUUCAUGUUCUAGAAGAUGUCUAUGAUAAGAAGAUCCUUCCUUUUUUUACCUUUGCCUUGGAUGUCAGGACCAAGCCCUCAGUUGAUGAUUAUCUCAACCUUUGGAAUGAUUGGGAGAGUUCAGUGGAACAAUUGUCAUAUGACAAGUGCUUCAAGUUCUGGAUGUUUAUCUUAAAACACUUUAGCACAAAUAUGGAGAAAAUUUCUGGCAGCUUGAGGAAACUACCAGCAACAUCAGGCACCAAUGAAAUAUUUUUGUUAGAUAAGGAGGAUAUGUUUAUUCCAGAUAACCUUCAUUUGAAGAAGCUUUUUGAGCAGAAGAAAGUUUUUGUCUGGUGUCCUGAGCAGAACAUGGCACCAUUGUCCAGGUGUAAAUUAUUUGACAUUUACAGAAAAAUUGGUGCUGGAAAUAUCUCUGAAUCUGUGAGCAAAGAAGAUUCAUCUUUACUGAAUGGUGCUGAAGUUGAUCCAAGUAGUAUUUUUGACAUAAAGGGAUUGGUUAAGCUUAUUCUUGGUUUUCUUGCUUGUUCUAGCCUAAAAUUGGAACCUGAAAAGAGACAUGAAGCUGUUAAAGGUCUUCUCAACCUGAGUUUUCUUGAGUCAACAGAACCAGUCAACGUAAGCUAUAGCUUAACUCUAUCAUCAGGGGACACAAUCACCAAGAAAGCAAACAGAAUGGUACGCUGGGAAAGGACAUGUUCCAAGUUUUUCACUCAGAGGAUGAACUGGCUUCAUGGAGAGUCAAGUAUGAUAGAAUAUGCUACAUAUUUCUCAGAAGCAAUAUCAGAGGGUGUUUUGCGUGAGAAUCAUGAUCAUGUACCUGCACUCUCUGAGCUGAUCAUGUUGGCUUUUGUGCUAAAAUUCAAAAAUGAAGAAAUUGAGUUCCUAAUGGAGUCCAAGAAUUUGCAGAUUUUCUUUGAAGAUGAGGAGUUUCUCAGUUCUUCUUUCCCAUCUGACUAAGUCUUUUGCACAGAUCUUCCUUUAAGAUCUUUUAAGGUUUGCUUGUUACUAGAAUCUAUGUGUGUGUCUGUUCAUAGAAUAUGUUUUGAGUUUGCUUGUUCCUUUUAAUUUUGUUCCUAAGUGGUGUGUGAUUAUCUAAUGGCAGAAAUUAGUUUGUAGCAUUGGCAAGCAAGACUUGAAAAGUUACUUUUUGCU